CAAAUUCUGGACAAGCAAGAAACACACCUUAAGGUGUGUUUUGGGACACACCUGCGUGUGUAAGAAAACACACCUUAACCUGUGUUAUAUUCUGGACAAAAAAGGUGUGUUAUUUGAACACACCUUUUUUUAGAGUGUGAAUACGUACAAUCCAGAAAGUCAGUUUAUACAAGACCUUCGAGAGAAAGGUGAGUGUACUGUCUGACGCUUUUGAAAUACUAUCUUUAUUUGUGUUUAGAAUCUUAACAAUCACGACUGCCGUAGAACAUUCUAAAUCUACUGAAUUAAUUGAAACGUAUAGAUUGUGAUGUAACCCAACCACUGUCAGUUGUUAGACCAUAUAUAGAAUGCAUAUCUCUUGCUGUUCUGAUCCACCUAAAAUAGCGUGAUAUAACUAUGACGCCUGUCUAUGGAGUUAUAUUUCAUUCAAACCCGUUCACAAUUUGUAAGUUACGACCUUUUCCAAAACAGUAAAUUGAUUGCGGCUGGAAAACCUUUCAUCAACAUUUCUCAUCAACACAUAACAAACCCUAAAUUCACUUCAUAAAAUUCUGAAUGAUUUUGUCAGGAUUUAAAUUUUAAACGUUUUCCUUUUUUUUCAGAAGUCCCUGGUAUGAAGGGAGUAGUAUCGUCAUCUAAAGGAUUACACACCAAACUACGUCAAGCUGCUCAACGGAAAAAUGGAGUAACAAAAGAACGCAAACAGUUGAUUAAAAUGGGAAAUAAGCUGAGAGCUGAAUUGUUGAAAUAUAAAGGAGGGAAAAAAUCGCCUUCAAUUGAGGCACGUCAAUCGUCCAAAGAUCCGCAGAAUGUGGCGCAAACAUCCCGAUCCCAACUACGGGGUUUGGAACAGUUGCAAUAUGAACUAACAAGCAAAGAACUGCAUGCAGUAUGCACAGAGAACACUAGCGAGGAAUAAUGAUCAGCAUUCGCUAUCUCCUCGCAAAAAAAAUUCCGCGUCGGCCCAAAACUUCAAAAACACUCUUCAAACACGGAACUCGCAGAAAAAGCAGGCCUACCGGAAUCGUCUACUGUUCGUGACGAAAUCGUCUCGCGAUGGCAACCUUCGUUCUCAUCAGACGACCGCGCGUCGUUACAAGAUGUCUGGAAACUACUAGACGAGGACAGUUCUGGAUUAACCCAUCGCGGGGACGAAGUCAGCAAGUCUCAGCUUCGGGAAAGUUUCUCAACUACGGACAGUUUCACGGUCAAAGGUCAGCCUAGUCACGUGCAUCUCAAGCCAGAGUGUUCCAAGGCUGCGCUGUCUGUCAAGGCAGCUGGGAAAUGGACACUCUCCCAGUUUCAGUAAUUAGUUCAAGGAAAACGGCAGAUCGGAGGAAAAUCACAAAAGAAAUAUGUUGGGAUUAGUUGGGAUAUUUUGGGAUAUUUUGGGAAACUAUUGCGUCGAGACGAGACGUGAAUAUCCGAUUAUUCCCUAGUAUGGGCAUGCUCGCAUUUUAAUUUGCCCACAUGUGACCUGAGUAUGACAUGCCAACUCUCUUGGCGGCCAUUUCGAAUUUACCGACAACAGUGUUUUAAAGACCUCGGCAAUUAAACGACUUAAUGGCUUACGCUUUGGUUAAUUUCUUCGAAGAGAAUGCUUGGGAUGUCAUUCCAUAUUCCGAUAUUGUUUUUACUCAGGAACAUAAACAAAAUGAAAUCGAGAACGGGACAAAAAUGUUGGUUCUUUGGAAAGAUACAAAAUCCAAGAAAGCAACCAAAAGAAAAUUCCCUGCCGAGAUUGUAAAGAUAUCAGAUGACAAAGACUGGUUACUCAAAUACAUGAGAGAAGAUGAUUCUCCGGUUAAAACAGGCAAAGGUUUCCGUGUUAUAAAUGAUAGCGACAGUGACACAGAAAGACAGCAAGAACCAGCUGCAACGAAGAGGCAGAAAGCAGCAUCUAAAAAUGCUGAGCAAUCAAAGCGAUCAACCAAUCUGGCUAACAUGAUAAAGGAAAGAUACAGGAAGGAAAGUCUUAAAUUAUUUGAUGACAACAGUGUAUGUGAUGAAGAUUGCAAACAUUUAAGAGAAAAUAGAACGCUUCUGGCAACAAUCAAACACCUAAAAAGUGAAAAUGAAAGACUUCGGGAACAAAUCGAAAGUAGUGAUGAUUUAAAAGUUUCUUUGAGAAAACUGAAGAAGUAUGUUGCAUCCUUGGAAGGCUUUUCAAACCAAGCACCAAAAUUUGGUUCACAACAGAGCGUACGAGCAUACGAGCCUUCCGCAAGAUUGUCUCCUUUGACAACCAUGGAUCAUGGAAGAUCGUCUCCUAUCUCAUGUGUGUCAAGCUCAUCAGCCAGAUCUUCUCCCACAUCGAUGAGUGGUUUUUCAGAAUUUGCUACAGAGGAACCAACCGUAAUUGCAAUUAGCGAAGACAACUUGUUGAAAGACAAAAGUAAGGAAAUACAAGGCUGUGAUGAUGACAACUAGGUCCAGGAGUUAGAGAAGGACACAUAUGCUUCCUCAAAAAUUUGUGGAAGUGACGAACAGUCUGGAUUGGCUGAUGUUAUGGCAGAUAAGGUUGUUCUGGGACCAGGCUUGUCGAUUUCAAAGAAUGUGCUUCAACGAAUAAAGACGAAGAAAGUAGGAUCAUUUGUGGCAAACCUGAUGGGAGCAACACUCACAAGAGAGUACAUGGCGACACACAGUUACAAAGGGCAGAAAGGGAAGAAUGGGCAAACAAAGCCAAAGCUUGAUACAAACUACACAGCUUCCCUAAUAAAAUACGCCAAGAGUGUAAGAUACACCGAACUUCAGCGGCCUGUUAUUGACGAGGACAUUGUCAAAGCUAUCAAGUUUAAACUGAACAAUGAGGAACAGGCGUUCAAAAAGCAACAAGAAUAACAGUAUUA